UACCAAUGGUCAGAAUUCAGCAAGUCCGGUCCUGACGCCCAAGGAAAGAGUUGGGAACUUGUCAUAAUUGACGUUCCACGGCUGGUUGUCAAUUUUGACAGAAAAACAAUUUACCCCGUGCAGUGAACUCGGGAGACCAGAAUCGUGAAUAGAAAGGGAAUGGGAACGUAAAAACUACAUUGUUUACGAUUAAGAAAUGUUAUAAGAAACCGCAAUGAAAACAGGAAGUUCCGUACAUCCCGUGUAGUGUCGUGAACCAUUAGAAUAGGCAGAUAGAGUCAAGAGUACGAAAUUUUAAUCCAUGACAUGAAAAUUCAGUAAAUAUUGUGAUAUCGAUUCUCAAAAAUGGAUAUUUUUGGUUUAUUUUUCUUGUCCUGCGUCUCCAUUGUCUUAGGUAUUGUGAUUACGUUAGUUGUACAGUAUUAUAUAUUAUACGCUUAUUUUAAGAAGAGCCCAUUGGCUAAAUCUCCUGAAAAACCAACUUCAGAUUAUUUUCUGCCAGAGGCAUUGAGAAAACAAAUAGAUUCUGAAAAGUUGAGUUCAGACGGAAAAGACUGCAGUUUACCUAUUAGUUUAAUAUUGCAAUUUUUAUUCCAUGAACUGAGACAUUCAGAGUCCAUAAAAUGUUGGCUCUACAAGAAAUUGAGCUUGGAAUUCGACGAGUUAUUAACUAAAACUACAAUAGGAAAGUUUUUUGACAGUAUCAGUAUUAAAGAUAUGCAUUUAGGAAGCCAAUUUCCAGACAUUAAAGAAGUUAAGGUUGAAGAAGUGAAAUUAGAUAAGAAGGAAGGGCAUAUUGAAACUAUAAAUUUGUCUUUGAAUGUUGAUUAUGCCGGAAAUUUCCUGCUGUGCAUCGAUGGCAAAACGAAGUUUGCAAAAGCAGCAUUUUUAUCCAUUAAAGUCAAAAGAAUAUGUGGUAUGGUUCGGCUUCAGUUCACAAGGAUACCAUAUACUCAUUGGUCCUUCAGUUUUUAUACAGAUCCAUUGAUUGAUUUGGCUGUUGAAUCUCAUUUUCAAGGGAGACAGUUGCAAUCCAACAUUUCGAAUCUCAUAGUGAAUCAAAUCAAGAAAGCUAUUAAACGGAAACACACUUUGCCCAACUAUAAAAUAAGAUACAAACCUUUCUUUGUCAAGACCGAUCCUAGCCAACUAGACUUAGACGACGGUGAAAUAGUUCCUCAAGGGCAGCUUGAAGUGAACUGUGUCGAAAUAAGUAGGCUUGCUAUACCGGCUGGCAUCCAAAACAUCUAUUACACCUUCGCUGUUGAUAGUACUCCGUGGAUCUGCGUCUACCAGAAGGAUGACAAUUAUUACAUGACAUUAGAGGUGAUACUCACCAAAAACAGGCAGUCAACGUUGGGUGUCGUGUUCAAACAGGACCAAGGUCAGGUUAUUGUCGACAGCGUCUCUCCACAUAGCAUGGCUUCUAGGUCCGGUUUGAAGCCAGGCGAUGUUGUGCUCAGCGUAGAGAACAAGAAUAUAAUGAAUAUGCCACAGGUGGCCAAAGCAAUAAAAUCCACUUCUGGGACAAACGUUACCCUGAGGAUCGAAAGGGUAGCGGACAAUUAUGUCAUGAAAAACGUAGAGCAAAACUCGGAAAAAACAGAAAACAAAGUCAAUGGCGAAACAUCAGAAGAAGACUCGUCCCACUUAGACCAGGAUAGUUUUGUGAUUUUGGACGCUCCGAAGAAGGAGAAAGAAACCGACAAGAAGAAUAAAAUUCUAGGUAUAGAGAAAACGAAAACGCCUGAAAAACUUCUGAAGACUGGUAGCAGCGCUGAAAACAUGUCGAAACUUGCCCAAACUAUCGGAAGCUUCAGUUUGAGAAGGAGGAAAACAUCGGUUUCCGACAAGCCGUCCAAUGAAAACAGUGGCAAGAACACUCCAGCCUCUAGCAUUCCAGGCACUCCUCAACAUUCUUCGUUCAAACAGACCAUCUCUAUCCCCGUCCUCCUUUCCUCCAAGAAACAUUCGAUCUCCGAGAUACCGGAAAUAACGAAGACCGACGCCGACCAGCAGGAUCAAUCGCAGUCCAUCCCACCCGUUGAGAUUUUCAGAAGCCAUACCUUAAACUCGAACAUCCUGUUGUCGUUGAACAACGAGUAUCAGUUCGGUCUGAAGGAGAACUCCAAAUAUUUGAACGUCAACGUUUGGGGCAUGUGCCCGGAGGGGACAGAUCUCCUGCUUGGCUACGCCAACAUACCGCUCAACCACAUACUAAACGAGUGCUGUAAUAGCGUUUUGGGUCAUUACAUACGGAGGUAUUCGUUUUUGCCGCCCACCAACGUCCCGCCCAACAGCCAAACUCAUCCCCUCCUGUCUCAUUCUGGCUUCGAACAUGUCUUCUGUUACGGUGACAUCCUGUUAUCUUUCAUUUGGUCCCACGAAGAAGACGUUGAGCUGAAAAGGAAGGCUUCUAUAGUCAGUUUAGAGCCAGAUGGAAAAAUAUCUGAAUCUGCGAUCACUUCCUCUAAGCACGACUUCGUUAGGAGACAGUUCCACAGAACAACGCAGUGCGAUUUUUGUACGAAAAAGAUAUGGCUGAAGGACGCCGUACAAUGCAAAAACUGCUGCAUGUGCUGCCAUAAAAAGUGCAUAGUGAAAUGUCAACUGGUAUCGGAAUGUCAUCCCUCCGUGACCAUGGUUCCCAGUGGCACCCAACCGGAGAUAACCAUGACGGAGGCAGAUGAUUUGAACGUAACAGAUUCUGAAGGUAAAGCCACCACACCCUCGAGCACUAUAAAGAGAGUAAACAGUGUUAAUAACUUAUCAAUACCAGGUUCCCAACUGUCGAACAGUCAGUCUAGAAGCCUGCCACCUUCGCCACAACGCACCCCUAGCAGGAAACAGUCUCUAACCAACGUCAACCCGUUUCUCAUGUGUCCGGCAGUCCUUGAGGAGAUACAGAAAAACCCACAGGAGUCCAUCGAGGCCAUCAAUAGGUUACUGGAGCAGGUACUCCUUUGUCCAGCCGACGAGUAUCUGAUGGACGCCGCCAAGGAGAGUGGACAACAGCUCUACAAUCAUCUGACCUACAAUGAAAGAACUGACAAGAUCAAUGUUAUGAUGACAGAGCUGAAGAAGAGCUUAGACCACAUAACAAACGAGCACAUGGAGCUGACGAAACAAAUGAAUAACGACAUUUCUGAGGAGGAAAAAACGAAACUGGCUUUUCUCUUGGGAAAAGCAGAUGCUAAAGUUCAUGGCCUAUCGGUGCUCAUGUUGCAUUAUUGCUCUAGCCUACAACACAGCCAAGACAAAAUAGUGUGAGGUUGGAUGUACGUGAACAACUGGAAAAAGUACUUAAUUUUUAAUCGUUUCUUAUCAAUAUUUGAGGAAAAUGAGGUAUAUUUUUUAUUUGUUUUUAUUGACAUUUAUUAUGAAGAUGAUGCACACCCUCAAUACCGGAACACCAAUCAUUUUUAAAAUUUGAUCCUUUUUAUUGGACAUACAUGCAAGUUUUAGAUUAUUAUAGCAUAUACGCAUAUUUUGUAGAUGAAAUUCACCAAAGACAUAAGAAUAGCAUAUGUUUGAAAUGGACAAACCCGUUUCUUGUAUAUAGCAUGGAAUGGUUUUCUAUUAGAUGCGCAACUGUUUGUAACAUUUUUUGAGAAUAAGUUUUCAAGUGCCUGAGUAAUGGUACGACGUAAAAUUGUGAUUUUUUUUAUCAGUAUUGACGCGAGUUCUUUGAACAUGGUGCUUUCCAACAAA